ACUCCCGCGCAGCGUCAUCAAGUAAACAACGUACAACGCAGAAAAAAAUUGUGUCCUAACUUUAUACGUCAAACAAGUAAGACACAAUCAUUUUAUAUAACAUUUAGUGACAGUGAUUGUGCUUAUAUAUCUACUAUCAAAAGUAUUAAAAAUAAGCGUGCCGUGCUUACGUUGCCACAAUUUGCUAGAUUAAGAAAUUUGAGCGAAGGUCAAAUUUCAUCAUAAUGGACGCAACAAUGGAAAACAAGAUGGGGCUCCCUCCACCGUACGAACCCAGUAUGCCUAAUCCAGCGCCACCUCCGUCUUACUUUGGUGACAAUCCACCACCGCCCACCGCACCCACUGCACAUCCUCGUACGGUGGUCGUCACAUCAGCUCCAACCACAUCACCAUCAGAAACGACGAGUGAAAUAAAAAUUGGGCCGGGGCCCACAGGAAUAACGUGCCCAAAUUGCAACAGAUCUGUCGUAACCAGAGUUCAUUACGUUUCUAACAAUCGAACUCACAUAAUAUCAGCUGGACUUUGUGUAUUAACCGGGUGCUGUUGCGGUUGCUUCGUUCCGUACUGCAUGCGUUCGUGCAAAUCCGCAAAUCACUUUUGUCCAAAAUGCAGAGCAUUUAUCGGCACUUACACUCCUUCGUGAUUACUUAAAUACGUCAUCAAUAACUAUAUCUAUUAUUACAUUUUUUCUUCAGGAAAAACUAAUAGAAUUAUCAACAGCAACUUAAAAACUGAAAUAUAUAAUAUAUACACCUGUUCCCAUUAUAUUAAUUUAGCACAUAACAUAAAUGCCUACAAGAUUUAAAAAAUAUAUCUGUAUUAUAAAUGUAUUAAAUAUCUAAGGUAAUAAGUAAAUCAAGAGAUAUUAUUAAAAAAAACAUGUGUGCAGUUACACACAGCAGAAGUGAAACCUUCAGAAAACUAUACAUCGAUGGAAUGAUACAAAAAUGUAGUAAACACGAUAUCCUGUAUUCUAUCUCAUUCUCUUGCGGGCUAAAUCCUAUAGAUACAUAUAUUUAUCUAUUUUUAGUGUCGCAAUUUCUUUCAUCGAGUUUCAAAACACAACGAUUCUAAAGAAGUUUUCACUUCAAUAAAAUUUAAUCACAGAUCACAUAAAAUAAUUUUGUCUUGAAUAUAAAUAUUUAAUAUUGUCGAUAAAAAUUAUAAGUAACAUUACAAUCAAUAUUCACGUAUGGACACAAUAAUAUGGAAUCAUGCUUUUAUGUUAAUAUUAAUUUAAAACGGCAAUUCUGUGAUAUGUUUAUAAUUCAUUAUAGUUAAGUUCGAAUUAGAUUAAGGCUUGCAUGUGGUAAUUAGGACAUUCAAACACGAAUUUAUGAUUAUUUUUAAUAAAUUUAAUAUUUUAUUGCUAAUGUAUUCGUUUGUACUUAGAACGAAAUUAAAAUUUUAUUCUUACAUUUUC